CGAUCAACAAUCUUGCACCCGUGUUGAGUAACUUAUCUUUCACAUCUUUUGGCAACAUCAUGGUGUGUUCUGGUCCAAUUCGAUCGACUAUAGAGGCCAAAAGUCUGGCUGUCGUUGCCCUCACGAUAGCGUUUUGAUGACUAAAUAAAGAAAAAGAAUGAAUUUAUAACAUGAUCUUCCGAUUCGAAGAUCUUGUACCGAAACCGAUAUACUACCGAGUAUCGAAAUAAGUACCGGAAUUAUUCAAUACAUCGAUAUUUGACCAGAACUUUUAUACAAAGGUCUGAAACAAUUAUUUUCGGGACUUAUACAAGCCCUGGUUAAGGGAAUCGUGAAUUUUGUCAUUAAAUUUUGUCGCAUGUCAUAAGUCAAUGCUGUCCAACAUAAAUUCCUGAAAUUCUCCCUCUCUGUAUCUGUUACUACAGUUCAGUUCUGUAAUACGACGUGUACAUAUAGUGGGAGAAAGUCGUGUAAGCGGCGUAAGAUAUUCCACAGAUAGCACUGCUUAAUACUUUCAUGGCCGCUGUCACGCAUGCGUGAUUUCAUUCUGCCCAGCGGUUAUCGGCCGGUGUCACGUAUUCGUCACUUCGCUUACGCGGCUUUCUACUAUAUCGCUAUUCACCGUAAUUAUCUCACGUUUGUUUAAGUUGAACUUUAUUUCAUAGAUACAUUCGUGCUUUUGUAUAUAUUUCUUUUCAACAAUCCUUAAUAGCCUUCAAUGCCCCACUUCAAUCAGUCUAAAACUGUAUUUUUUCUCGUUCAUAUUGCGUCGCUAACUUUUGUAUUGUAUACUAAGAGUUUAGAAAAAUUUCAAAGUAUCUUGAAAAAUGUCGAGGGAUACAGAAGAAAUAUAUGCUGACCCCUUGUCGGAUAUUGAUAGCGAUACAGAUAAAGUAUCAAUGUAUAGUGAUGAAGAUUCCGAUAGUGACAGUGACAUAAUGAGACGUGUUAGAUCACAAGCACUACCAUCAUGGAAUGACUCUGAUGAAGAUGAAAAUAAUCCAGAUGAUGAAAGUAAAUGGUUGGAAAUUGACAUUAAACCAGAGUUUCACAAUUUUAUUGGACAAUCUGGUGUACAGAUACCUACAGAAGAUUUAAAUGAUGUAAAAGCAGUUACAAAACUUGUUAUUGGGGAUGAUUUAAUGAAUUUAUUUGUUACAGAAUCAAAUAGAUAUCGUUAUCAGAAUAGCAGUAACAGUAGUACAGGUAAAAAUAAAGAAUGGACUGAUAUAAGCAUUACAGAAAUGAAGCAAUUUCUAGGACUCAUUAUAGUAAUGGGAUUUGUGAAGAAAUCUGAGAAAGAUGAAUAUUGGUCCACAGACCCAUUACUCUGUACACCAAUCUUUGGAAACACAAUGAGCAGAAACAGAUUUCGCCAGAUAUGGAGAUAUUGGCACUUUAGUAACAAUGAUAAUUGCCAAAAUAGACUGGACAAAAUUAGACCUGUUCUUACAUAUGUGACAGAGAAAUUUCAAACAGUAUAUAAACCACAAAAAGAAUUGUUUCUUGACGAAAAUGUAAUACCUUGGGGAGGAAGGCUCUCAUCUCGUAAAUAUAAUCCUGCAAAACUGAUCAAAUAUGGCAUACUAGUGCGAAUGGUUUGUGAAGCAGUCUCUGGUUAUAUUUGUAAAUUAGAAAUAUAUUGCGCACAAGGAAAAACAUUGCAAACUACAAUUUUUUCCACAUUACACCCGUUCUUAAAUUUAUGUCACCAUAUAUAUAUGGACACUUACUAUAAUAGUACAAAAAUUACAGAAAAAUUGCUGGAAUAUGAAACAGGCGUUUGUGGAACUAUAAGAAAAAACAGAGGUGUGCCAAAUUGUUUGAAAAAUGUAAAUUUAAAAGAAAAUACAACAGCGUACCGCAGGAAAAACAAUACCCUUAUUCAAGCAUGGAAAACAAAAAAGAAGCUUGUAUACAUGAUUUCUACAAUACAUUCUGCUGAUAUGGUUGAGAUUAUAAAUCAUAAAACACAUGAAAAAAUGUCUAAACCUAUAUGUGUGGCAGAGUAUGAUAAAUAUAUGAAAAGUGUGGAUCGUGCAGAUCAAUACCUUUCAUAUUAUCCUAUUCUUCGUAAAACAAAAAAAUGGACAAAAAAAACCACAUUGUAUUUAUUAAAUUGUGCACUUUUUAAUGCGUAUAUAAUUUAUACAAAACUAUCAGGAAGCAAUAUGAGAUAUAAAAAAUUUUUAUUUGCUGUUGCCCGUGUAUGGCUUGAUUCUACACAAGAAACAACUGAUGUUUAUCCCAAUGAUCCAGAACCAAGUACUUCUACUAAAAGAGCACCCAAAUAUGAACCAACUGGUAGGCUAUGUUCAGAUAUGAAAAAACAUAGAAUUGUAAAAAUUAUGGGCCAAGGGAAAAUAAAAAAUCCCAGACGGCCCUGUAGAGUAUGCACUGCAGCAAAAAAAAGAAGUUCUACAGCUUUCAUGUGUUCAUCUUGCGGAGUUCCUCUGCAUGUAGGAAAAUGUUUCCAGAAUUAUCACACACUAUCAAAAUACUAAGCUAAUCAGCUAGCAAUACUUAUUUUCGUUACAAAUUAUGCAGGCGAAACUCGUCAUUAGAUAGAAAAAGUCCGUAGAGAAAAAGGUUAUGGAACAUUAUUAUACGGUUUAUAU